GUCCGAGGCGCGCGGGGGGGUCAGAGGUCGUGCGCCCGCAGGCCCCGCCCCCCGGCGCUCGUGAUUUCCGGCCUGCGCUUCUCUCCGCGCUGGAGUCAGCUUGUCAUAGGAAAUAAAUAACCAUGGUGCUCAAUAGUGUGGAUAAGAUGAUUCAACUCCAGAAAAACACUGCUAACAUCAGGAAUAUCUGCGUUUUGGCUCACGUAGACCAUGGAAAAACGACUCUUGCUGAUUGUCUUAUAUCUAGUAAUGGAAUCAUCUCCAGCCGCCUGGCUGGCAAGUUAAGGUACAUGGACAGCAGAGAAGAUGAGCAGGUCCGAGGGAUCACCAUGAAAUCCAGUGCCAUUUCACUACAUUAUGCAAAAGGUAUUGAGGAGUACCUGAUUAAUCUGAUAGACUCUCCAGGACAUGUGGAUUUCUCCUCAGAAGUGUCGACAGCGGUUCGCAUUUGCGAUGGGUGCAUCAUUGUGGUAGAUGCUGUGGAAGGAGUCUGUCCACAGACACAAGCAGUUCUGCGACAAGCCUGGCUUGAAAACAUCCGUCCUGUUUUAGUGAUUAAUAAGAUAGAUCGCCUGAUAGUGGAACUAAAAUUCACCCCACAGGAGGCCUACUCUCACCUCAAGAAUAUUCUAGAACAGAUUAACGCACUUACAGGAACUCUUUUUACUUCUAAAGUCCUAGAAGAAAGAGCAGAGAGAGAGAUAGAAUCCCGGGUGAACCCGAAUUCUGAAGGCGAUCAAGUGUAUGACUGGAGCACUGGCCUGGAGGAUGCUGACGACUCUCAGCUGUAUUUUUCCCCAGAGCAGGGCAAUGUGGUAUUUACCAGUGCAAUAGACGGGUGGGGCUUUGGAAUUGAGCACUUUGCCAGAAUCUAUAGUCAAAAAAUUGGCAUCAAAAAGGAAGUGCUUUUGAAGACCUUGUGGGGAGAUUAUUAUAUAAAUAUGAAGGCUAAGAAGAUUAUGAAGGUUGAUCAGGCCAAAGGAAAGAAACCUUUAUUUGUACAGUUGAUCCUGGAAAAUAUAUGGAGUUUGUAUGAUGCUGUCUUGAAAAAGGACAAAGAAAAAAUUGAUAAAAUAGUGACUUCUUUAGGAUUAAAAAUUGGAGCCCGGGAAGCACGGCAUUCUGAUCCUAAAGUUCAGAUCAACGCCAUUUGCAGUCAAUGGCUCCCCAUAUCUCAUGCUGUUCUUGCUAUGGUGUGUCAAAAGCUGCCUAGUCCCCUUGAUAUUACAUCUGAACGAGUGGAGAAGCUGAUGUGCACAGGAUCACAGGCAUUUGACUCUCUUCCACCUGAAACCCAAGCCCUGAAAGCAGCUUUUAUGAAAUGCAGCAGUGAGGAUACUGCACCAGUUAUUAUAUUUGUUUCCAAAAUGUUUGCAGUUGAUGCUAAGGCCUUGCCUCAGAAUAAGCCAAGGCCUCUCACUCAAGAAGAAAUCGCCCAGAGACGUGAACAUGCGAGGCAAAGGCAUGCAGAAAAGUUGGCAGCAUCACAGGGGCAGGCACCUCAGGAGCCGACACAGGAUCGGGGUACCCUUGAAACAAGUCCUCAGGGAGAAGAGCCAAAAGGUGAUGAGCCUGAUAUGACAAGUGUGAACCCUGAGCCUGUGCCCCGUGAAGACAGCAACCAAGAGGCCUUCAUUGCAUUUGCUCGUGUGUUUAGUGGUGUAGCUCGAAGGGGAAAGAAAAUUUUUGUCUUAGGACCAAAGUAUAGUCCUGUUGAAUUUUUGCAACGGGUUCCACUAGGCUUCUCGGCUCCACUCGAGGACCUCCCUCCAGUGCCCCACAUGGCCUGCUGUACCCUGGAGAACCUGUAUCUUCUGAUGGGAAGGGAACUAGAAGAGCUGGAGGAGGUGCCCCCAGGAAACGUUCUGGGAAUUGGAGGCCUUCAGGACUUCGUGUUAAAAUCUGCAACCUUGUGCAGCUUGCCAUCCUGCCCACCAUUUAUUCCACUCAGCUUUGAAGCCACCCCUAUUGUAAGAGUUGCCGUUGAGCCAAAACACCCAAGUGAAAUGCCUCAGCUUAUGAAAGGAAUGAAGCUGUUAAAUCAAGCUGAUCCCUGUGUCCAGAUUUUAAUUCAGGAAACAGGAGAGCACGUUUUAGUGACAGCGGGGGAAGUUCACCUGCAGCGCUGCUUGGACGACUUAAGAGAAAGGUUUGCAAAGAUCCACAUUAGUGUAUCUGAACCCAUUAUUCCAUUCAGAGAAACAAUCACAAAGCCUCCAAAAGUUGACAUGGUCAAUGAAGAAAUAGGCAGACAACAAAAAGUUGCUGUCAUUCACCAAACGAAAGAAGAGCAAAGCAAAAUCCCAGAAGGAAUCCAAGUUGAUUCUGAUGGGCUGAUCACCAUCACAACCCCCAAUAAACUUGCCACACUUAGUGUUCGAGCCAUACCCCUUCCAGAAGAAAUCACUCAGAUUUUGGAAGAAAACAGCGAUUUGAUUCGUUCCAUGGAGCUUCUGACAUCCUCUUUGAAUGAGGGCAGAAAUACUCAGAUGAUUCAUCAGAAGACCCAAGAGAAAAUUUGGGAAUUCAAAAGAAAACUAGAGCUACACCUGACAGGGAGAAAAUGGAGGAACACUGUUGACCACAUCUGGUCCUUUGGUCCAAGGAAAUGUGGGCCCAACAUAUUAGUUAGUAGAAGUGAAGAUUUUCAGAACUCAGUGUGGACAGGCCCAGCUGGCAGAGAAUCCAAAGAAGCCAGUCGUUUCCGAGAUUUUGGCAACAGCAUUGUGAGUGGCUUCCAGCUAGCAACACUCUCUGGCCCCAUGUGUGAGGAACCCCUCAUGGGUGUCUGCUUUGUUCUGGAAAAAUGGGACCUAAAUAAAUCUGAGGAACAAGGAGCAAGUGAUCAACAGAGCCAAGAGCACAGCAAUCUGGUAGAAGGGGGACAGGGGGAAGAUGAAAGCCCACACAGUGGAGAUGAAACCCAGGAGCAAGAGGGUGGCUGCCCGGAGCCCUUGGAGAAACCUUCACAGAAAGGAGAAUCUCUGGUCACCGACUGUUAUGGACCCUUCUCGGGGCAGCUAAUUGCCACCAUGAAAGAAGCAUGUCGCUAUGCACUGCAGGUGAAACCUCAGCGCCUGAUGGCAGCUAUGUACACGUGCGACAUCAUGGCCACCAGUGAUGUCCUCGGCCGAGUCUACGCUGUCUUGUCAAAGCGAGAAGGCCGAGUGCUUCAAGAAGAAAUGAAGGAAGGAACUGACAUGUUCAUCAUCAAGGCUGUGCUGCCUGUGGCCGAAAGCUUCGGCUUUGCAGAUGAGAUCAGGAAGAGGACGAGCGGCCUGGCCAGCCCACAGCUGGUGUUCAGCCACUGGGAGGUCAUUCCCAGUGACCCCUUCUGGGUGCCGACAACUGAAGAGGAGUACCUUCACUUUGGGGAGAAGGCAGAUUCCGAGAACCAGGCCCGGAAGUACAUGAAUGCGGUACGGAAGCGGAAGGGUCUUUAUGUGGAAGAAAAGAUUGUGGAACAUGCAGAAAAGCAGAGAACACUCAGCAAAAAUAAGUAGCUGAAGAUACUGUGCCCCUACUAGUGGAAUCACCUUCCCUUUUUAAUGAAUUAACAAGUAUCAUCAAGGGUCUAAUCUGGGAAAUUUCCUUUUGAUAAAUUAUCUCUGUGUAUUCAUUUUCAAUAAACUUGAUCCAUAUAAAUAUUUUAAAGACAA